AUGGAGUUUUGGGUUGUAUUUCAAGUACUUGCCAAAGACGUAGCCUCUCAAGCUAAUAGGGAAGUCGUAGCUCCAGUGAACCCAAAUGUAGGUACAGAGGGUAGCCAAGUGAGUGACUUCACUCGAAUGAACUCUCUUGAGUUUCAUGGUUCUAUGGUGGACGAUGAUCCACAAGAGUUUCUUGAGGUGCGGGUUUGGGAUACGAAUUUCGAAGCUCUUACUCUUGAGUCAGUAUCGGUUGUUAAUGAGUUUCUGGAAGUAUUUCCCAAUAAACUUCCAGGUAUAUCUCCCAAAAGGGAGAUAAAAUUUGUUAUUUAUCUUCUUCCUGAUACCAAACCUAUCGCUAUUCCUCCUAACUGUAUGGCCUUAAUGGAACAUAAGGAGUUGAAGGACCAGUUGAAACACUUGUUUGAUAAGGGUUUGAUUAGAUCGAGUAUCUCUCUAUGGGGUGCUCCAGUUCUUUUUAUCAGAAAAAAGAAUAGUUCCCUCCAUAUGUGUAACAAUUAUCGAUAA